GUUUUCUACACGAGAACGCACUGGAGUUCCGAGGAUUUUUUGCGUUAGAAGUGUAGUUUGCAACCAUUAGAUUAGCAAGAACUUAUAAAGAGGAAAUACUUUUCUGMGAGGGAAAAAAGAGUUGUCCGCGCAAGUCUAUUGUGUUCGUAUAUGAGUUAAAAGAAGACAAACCCAGAUAAUUCAAGCCAAUCGUGUGUUUAGGCGCCAUUGAUAAGRAAAAACCAGGCCUUGAAUGACGCAUUCAACUUGAAUCAUUGGUGAAAGACAUCGUGUAAAAGAGAAAUGAAAUUGAUGUCCAUGUUGUACCCGGCGGGCGCACAAACUAAGCGAUCAUUUCAUCAACCAUUAUGGCGAGGAAACGCAAUUGAUGUCGAACAAUGAGAGAUCUUUUAAUUGCCCUUUUACUAUGUUUUGUGCCAAGUUUGACUGUUUCUUUAAGGUUCAAUAAAAGUUUUGCACAYGCGAUCUUUGCGUCCUGGAAUGGCUCGACUAACGGAACUCUUUUAUUCGAGUUUAAAACACCGAGGGAGAACGCUUUUCUGAUCUAUCAAGAUGAACCUGAAGGAAUGGACUUCAUCGACAUCUUUCUUGUAAACGGCAGAGCGAGAAUGAGGCUACAGAUUGGACAAUGCAAGGAUCAUUUUGAAGAAUUCAUUGAGGGGAAUUUCUCGGAUAAUAAAUGGCAUCGAGUUCGAGUUUUUAGAGAAUUUAAGAAYACGUAUUUUAAAGUGGAUCAUCUUAGCUCUAAGAUCAUGAGAUGUGAUACAAAAGACUCAUUCAAAGCGCGAAGUUUUCUGUUUGUAGGMGGYUUUCCCGUGGAAAUCUCGCUAAAUUCACUGGCUUUUCCUGGAUCAUUUCAUGAAGUUCUGUAUGGACAUGGAUUCGUGGGUUGCAUUAGUGGAGUAAAAUAUAGCGAUUCGCAUGGGCACUUCACGUCUGCAAUGCUGAGAAACACCUCAGGUACGACGGCCGACUGCAAACGAGCAUGUACUCGGCAUUACGGAUUUAUCAAGAAGUGUAAGCAAGGCCAGAGAUGCGGUCAGAAGAUAACCGAGUGUGAUUGCCUGGAGACUGGGUAUGAAGGCCAAGACUGCACACGAGCAUCGACCUCAGUAUGGCUAAAUGGUACAGGCUAUAUAAAGUACAAUCUUACGAAAGACACGAAACAACACAAYCCCCUCAAGAAUUACAUUGGAUUUCGUUUUCGGACUUCAUCCGUUGAGGGCGUGGUUCUACAUACAGCAGUGCGUCGCUCWUUUUUGGUGAUAGAAAUGUUGGAUAGRAACAUUGUUCUGAAACUUAAUCUUGGGAAAGGUGAACUCGUCCUCAACGCAGGAAAUAAUAAUUUAAACGAUAACAAAUGGCAUUGGGUGGAGGUGAGAAGACAUGGACAUAAGGUAACCUUGAUACUUGAUGGCCGUGUGACAAAGAAAGGUUGGACGCCUGGACAUUCCUUGUCAAGUCUACCAUUAUCAGGAGGCAAUAAAGCGAUUUAUUUUGGUGGAGGACCUUCACGAGCAGCGCUCAGAGAAUCGUACUCUAGAAAAAACUUUAGCGGUGUUUUGCAGCAGCUUCGUUUYGACGAAUAUAAAGUCUUAGAUGAAGUGUUUUUGAAUACAAAGGACAAGUUGUUCUCUAAACAUGGUGUUGUUUUAAACGCAAAUGUAUGGUCAACAAAAGCACCACCUAUCGUGACUGUUCAAGCUGUUACUGAACCGGAGUUGACUGGUUCUGGAAUGAAUUGCAUGGGAAGUGACGACGAAGAUUGCGUGACAGGCAGAGGAAUGACGACAACAGCAUCUAGCACAGAUUAUUGGCCGUCCUCUAUCAGCAUAGAUAACAACACUGAUUCUAACCUCAUCUACGGCAACCAACACGGCAGCACARCCCAACGCAUAGUUCCAGUAUGGGUCAUCACAAUCACAGUUGUAGCUGCUGCUAUCUCUAUAUUUAUAACCAUCCUAAUAGUUUACCGCUGGAACACACGAUAUAGCGGUUCAUUCAGCACAGCAUCAGCCAAUUUAAAGCCAGAUACUUCUGAAUCGUGGCCAGAUCCUCCYUCUCGCACUAAGCCAAUGAUUACCAGUACGGUACCUGUCGGCAUUGAACAGCCCACGAUAUAUAUCACAUCGUAUGAUAAAGUAUGAACGGGCAUUAAUAGAUAGUGCGUGACCACACCUAAACCAUGGUCCAAUUACAAUGACGUUGCCAUGGUAGCAAUGGGAAUAUCACGUGACAACACCAUCACUUGGUGGCAACUUGAAAGGAAUGUCUCCAUCGAUAAAGUUGUUUUUAUCAACAGACAUCUCUUAUUAAUUGAUAAAAAGUGUUGUCCAGAUAUUGACCAGGAACAGAAAACAAUUCAAUUAAAUCAUUAGGUUUUACUGAUGUAACUCCAGAACACUAAAUCARCUGGAGGUGAGUUAAGGUGUCCCUAGAGACAAUGGUUGCUCAGGAAACAGUCACCAUGUAGCUGACAACGUAUUAUUUAGAAACUAAUAAUAAUUAUGGUAGAAGCUGAAUUUCCUGUCCAUCAUCACAUAGAAGCAAGAAGAAAAAGUGAUGGCGAUAGCCUGUUGCCAUAGCUAUUGCUAACUGUCGAGUAAUAUACAAUAAAAAGAACUGCRAGACUCUUUAACAAGAAACAACGAUUUAUAGGAUUCUCCAAAAGAUGUUAASUUAGAAAAGCUAUCAUAGACAGAUCUCAUAGGUUUGAACAUUGACAAGCUACAUCGUAAAUGACCUCAAUUUAGACCUAAAUUACGCACCUUCCCAGGUUAUCCUAUAAACAUAUUUCAUUAUGACGCUGWAUUCUUUUGCUACUCGCCAGARUCAAAUUUAUUUUGAUUUAAGCUGACAGAGGGAGCCKGGAACGGGGUUUAGUCUAAAUAUGCGCGAUUGAAAAUAGGGCAUUUUUAUCAUUGCGACAUAACCAAAAUUACACAGAUGAUAGUCAGUUCAUACUUAUUUACRAAAUGAGAGUAGAAAAGUUUUGCUUAAAGUUUCUCAAACUUUCCGCCCCACUGUACGCGCGCGCKGCYAUGUCUUUCCUCAUCCGUCUUGGUGCAAACACCAGUCAACUAGUUUAAUGCGUGCAAUGUAGCUGGUUAAAAAACUAAAAUUAAGCUGAGGCAGUUUCUAGAAUUAAUAGAUUAGUGCUUUUCACCGCAAGAAUUAAAGCAAGAAACAUUGGCGCCRAACAAAUGUGACAAAUAACAAGCAGGCACAGRUAUGACGCAAUGUAUUGCAAAGCAUGAUGGAAGUGUAAUAUUUUGUACAAAAAAAAAACAUUAGGGUAACUGGUCAUCUCGCUUGAAAUCAAACUGAAACAGUUUUUAAUAAAAGAAAAUGAUCUUCAAAAA